UAGUGAAUGCAGGGUCCUGGGAGAGCGGAUAUAGUGAAUGCGGGGUCCGGGGAGACCGGAUAUAGUGAAUGCAGGGUCUGGGGAGAGCGGAUAUAGUGAAUGCGGGGUCCGGGGAGAGCGGAUAUAGUGAAUGCAGGGUCCGGGGAGAGCGGAUAUAGUGAAUGCGGGGGUCCGGGGAGACCGGAUAUAGUGAAUUCAGGGUCCGGGGAGACCGGAUAUAGUGAUUGCGUUGGAGUGUGGAGGAGUCGAAGCCUC